AUGCGGUCAGAGGGCAGGGUUGAAAUCAGAGCAACCAAUCACCGCGCGCCGAUCCCACGUUGUCCAAUGGAACGUUGCGACUUUCACUUGGAACGCGGAUACAUUGAGGGGGCGGGGCCUCAGCUGAGAGGGGCGGAAGUGCUACCACUGGACAUGGCAGAUCCACAAACCCAACAGGGUACAGCCUGGGCUGGUUUUGAUAAUGUUGUCGAAAGCGUUAGCAAACUACCCCAAGAUUUGUUUGCGGAGGUGUGCCAGCAGAUCAUGCUAUACCUACAAUGCAAAAUCCCUGGUGUGAAUACACUUGAAAUGGUUGAAAGACUUCAAGCUGCUGGUGUUGAACUGGAUUUAGAAGCUACCAAGGAGCUGGUUCACGUUAUCUCCUUGUUUUUCAGGUCAGCUGCACAGAGUAACAUGUCCGCUGAAGAACUCAUUGCAAAGCUUGCAGAUAGCAGCAGUAAGUGGUCUAAGCAAAUGCUUCAAGUUGUUCGACAUGUGUGGACUGAACAGGGCAAACUAAUUGCAACACCAGAAGAUGCCAAGCACAUGCUCACUGUGGGACAGCUUGUUGAUUUGGAAUGGAAACUGGGAAUGGCAGUCAGUUCCGAUAAUUGCAGAUCUCUAAAUCACCCCUAUGUGACCAUGAUGCUGAAAGUAGCCAAUCCCUCAGGAGAAAUCAUUAGCAGGUCAUUUGAAAUGACAAUCCCUCAAUUUCAGAAUCUAUCGAAGCAGUUCCGGGAAGUGGCUACUGUUCUUGAAAUGGUAUAAAGCCUGUUUCUGGUGUGAACCUCUCACUAAUCCUGGAUUUCCAUUUAACUAUAGAACUGGAGGAAGAGAGUCCCACCAGUGGAAACAACUGCACUCGAUUUUGAUAUUUUGGAUUAUGUAUUUUUUCCCCUUCACAUCUAAUUAUUUUCGAUUGACUAUUAAUAAAUAUCUACCGUUGUUGUGAAGUUGAGAUGCUCUGGUGGGAGGAGGAAACAACACCAAAUGUUGCAUGAAAAAAUUUAGUGGAGACCUCACUUUACAAUGGUGGGGCGAGGGCUUAUAUAAAAACAAUGCUGCAGUGUCUGUUGUAGCACAUCAUGAAAAAUGCAUAAGUUGUAUUUGAAGAUAAGGUGAAUUUGCCUCCAUCUUGGAUGAAUACUUCCACUGUGCUAGCUAUCAGUCUCCUAUGAAACCAGUCUGGAUGGGAGCUGGUCUACAUAAUAAAAACCUUUGGCGAAUUGGCACUCAACUGUUCGUGCUCUUCAGGAAUCAAUCAUAGGCUGUGGCUGCAGGAGAUAUUAAGUUGGCAUUAGGAGUUUAUUUCUGCAAUUACUCAGACCAUAUUUUGUAAAUGUCAUAUUGUUUCUUUUGCAAAUAAAAGCAAAGGGGUGAUAGGAUGGGAUUUGGUUGUCUGUAACACAGGUGGUGGGGCAGGGCAGGGGGUGGGGAGGGGGGGGGGGGGAUUGACAAUCCACACAAUGGAAUAUUUAGACUUGGGCUCGUUAUUCUCUUCCCUUGUCUCUGUGAUAUGGAGAAAAAAAGCUUUAAUUCUCCUCCAUGCACCAUCUUGUUUCCUAGCUCACCACACUGAUAGAUUUCCAGGACUUUAUUAAAAAGUUAUCAUGUUUCCAGUGCAGAAAUGAGCUUUUUGACACAAUACAUCAGUACUAUUGCUCCACCUGAGCCUCCAUUCCAGGAUCCCUGGCAUGUGGCCAUAUCCUUUGGGUUAAACAUUCCUGACCUAGUAUCAUGUGCUCCCUACAGUGCAGGAAGAGAGGCCGUUUGGCCCAUUGAGUCUGUGCUGACUGGUUCACCACCUGCUUCAGAGGUUGAUUGGAAAAAUAGGUCAGUAACUUAAUUUGUUCAGUACUUUAGCAACUUGCACCCUGGCCUUCAGAUGUUCUAAUCUGAGAUAUUAUAGGUCUCUGGACUAGGUUGGAAGUGAACCUGGGCCUCCUGGCUCAGAAGCUGGGACAUUCAAUUUAAAUAAAAUUGACUGCGUAUUAUAACAGGGUAAUGUAAUUUCUGAAACCCAAGAAAAAUAUUGGACUGAACCAUUUAGAUGCGUCCUUUAUGUUUGUUUGUCUAAGUUCCUUCUAUAGUUUGCUGAGACCAGUGCACUUUCCUCCAACUUUUAAGUAUUUUCACAUGAUGAUAGGUUUAAGUUUGAAUAUUCAACAAUGCUAUAUCUGUUUCAGCUAACCACAUCUGCAUAGUCUUCAGUUUUCUGUUCUCCCUCAAGUAUUGACCUUAAAUGGAUGCUGCAGAGCUCUAGUCCCUCAUCCUAGUGACUCUUAUUAACAAAAAUAACAUGGAAAGGGAUCCUUGUAUUAAAUUGAUGGGUCAUGUAUAUUUCUGUAUGUAAUAUGCCUUAGAAUUAUGAGAGCUUGCACCUAGUUAGUUAUAAAUAGGAAUAGGUAGGAUAAUAUAUUGAUGUUUGCACAAGGCUUCACCUUUGGAAAGAGACGUAAACCCAUCAUCUUUUCUGUCAUUCAGGUAGUCACCUCUUUAUUUACUGUGUGUGUUAUCAGAUGUUGUCCGCAAUGGGGAAACGCACAUCACUAUUUUAGGCUCAUGAUGCUCCGGGAAGACUGGGGUGAAUGGAUCUGUCUAACUAACAUUUUCUCAUUAACUACGUCAAAUGGUCGACGUGAUCUCAUACUGUUCAGAAAGGUGCUGUACUCGGUGGGGAAAGAAAAUCAAAUAUUUGUCCAAUCUUUACAUUUUUAGAGGCUAUUGCUGAUUAUCUACCAAUGACGAUGAGUUCUGGUGGAUUAAAAUUGUGACCAGGUAUCUCUGUCUUGUCUAAUGAUCCUAAACGUCUGUCCUUCACAGAACAUGACAAAUUAGCACAAUGUAUUACUCCAUGCAAUCAAUGGACUUUUCAGAAUUGAAAAUGAAACUCUUUGUUCAGCUUUGAUAAGUUGAACAACAUCUCCCCCUUUUGGACUGUCUUGGUUAUAUUUUUGUCAGUGGCUCAUACUUAAGCCUUUUAAUAAGGCUUUUUGCAAAGAUGUCAAUUGUUAGUGUUUUUUCAAUUGCCUGAUCUUCUCGUCUCUGUAACUUGGACUGUGCCUCUUUCUUUCUAUCCAUUGGUAAAAUAUUAAAUUUAAAAGCUGUGAGGUAUAA